UCCUCUAACAGCUGGUUGCGUUAAUAAGUGUUGGAUACCGUCAAUAGGUUGAUCAUUCACUACACUAGGCAUCUACAAAAAAGCGCGAAUUCGGACAAAGUUAAUGCAAAAUAAAAGAUUUCCUUGCGCUCAUGGAGACGCCUACGGACAGUGGGAGCUCUAUGCGAGCCAAACGUUUGCCCACCCCGCGCCUCUCGGAGCGGAAACGGCAACUGUUUGGCAGUCCGGUCUCAAGACUGAGAAAGAUCAAUGACGACGAGGAUGAGGACGUUGACAGUCUUGGUGUCUUGCCAUUGAAGGCCCAUGUGGCAGUAAACAAACAGGCAAAGAGUCUAUUCGCCAGUUGUACUGCGAUAUCGGAAAAUAGCUCCAACAGCAGUCCGGAAACCAAUAAGGAAAACAAGAAAAUCCGUGGUAAACGAGUCUUGGGAGGCGCGGCAGAGCAACUGCCUCAAUUGUUUACCGCCACCAUGCGUUUGAAUAGCAACAGCAGCAGCAACAGCCGUAAUGGCAGUCCACGUACACCCAAGACACAGAGAAAGCGAGCGGACUCAUCGAUGUCUUCGCCCACGUCCUCCUCCGUAGGCUCUCCAUCCCCGCGGACCACACCCAGUACCAUGCAAGAGAACAAGAGCGGAUGCAGACGCAGUCCGCGUACCUUCAGUGCACAGAAGAAUGGAGAAGACUUUUCAUCACCAGAAACUUUCCAAAAAAGACUGUGCAAGGUUGCAGCUAUGAUAAUGAAUGGCCAAAUUCCAAAACAGGUAGCAGGAACAGCAAGGAGAUCGUUGAAUCACAAUCGUAAUACCUCUGGCGAAGGAAACAGCGUUAAAAACAAAAGAAGUAGUUUGGGCACCAGCACUAAACGACGGAAAUCCCCAGUUGAUGAGUCUAGUUCGGAAGAUGAAGAGCCUCCUGCUAGGAAAAUAUCAAGAAAGAAUGAAGAAAUAGUUAGAAAUAGUAACAUUCGAGCAUUAAAAAUGAAGAGCAACAGUCCAAAACCUCACAUAGGGACACCUAGGAGCAGGCAGAUGAACACUCCUGCAGAGGUAAUAGAUACAAUAAAGUCUGCUGACGAAGUGCCCGCAUUUAGGACCAAAUCGGACAGCUUGGAAAGCAGAAGUAAAAAUACGAAAUGUAAUAAAGUGGGAAGUUCGGAAACAGAAGACACUUCAAUUCUUGAAACCAUAACAGUAAUCCCAAGAAAAAGCCCCAGAAGAACAAAGUCUUUAGUUAAAGUUUCAGAUUCUAGCAACGAUGCUGUUUCUAUUAUUAAGGACACAGAAAAGAAUCAAGAAAACGAAAGCAGGUCUAUGAAUUAUACAGCAGAAGCGCCUUAUUCGGAUGAGGUAUUAUUAAAUCCUAUGUCCCAAAAGCGAGUGAGCAUGGACACUUUACCAAUUAAGGUUGCGUCGUCAGCGGAGUCCGAUUCUGGAUCGCCACAGAGCAAGAUGCGAAAGAUGACGCUGGAGAGCAGCAUUCCCACCAUGGCCUUUUAUUCCCACAGUGGAUCAACUGCUACAAAACCAAAAGGGACGUCUGCAACAUCUAAGGGCCCGCUACGACGGUCAAUGAAAAUCUCGCCAACUUAUCGUCCACGCUUGGGUAUCAAUAAUGGAGUCCGCCACAAAAUUCGGAAGCGAUCCGGAAUGUCCAACCGAAUGCCAACCAGCGACUUGGAUAACAUUCUCAAUUCUCUGAACAACGAACGACUUAAGAACCUAAUCACUACAAAGCGCGCGGAGCGAGCUAAGGUAGAGGAGGUGCACCAAAUCUUACGUAGUGCAAGGGAUCCGAUCAAAAUGGCAAAACCAUUAAGUGUGAUUGAAGUUGACGAUGCCAAAAAUAAUAACAAUAUGCCAGAGACUGUGUGGGGAAACACAUCUGCAGACUUUUCUGACCUGAGUGAGGAUGAGGAUAAGGACUUGAUUGACGUUCCCGCCAUAGAGUUAGAGCCUAUCAUACCGAUAAUUCGCCACGAGCCGACUCACAUUCUUAAUACUGCCGAGCCACCGGAUCUCAGCAAGCGUAAAUUCUUUAAGUCGGGUCGGCGUAGCAGCACCUGCAUGGAGGUAAGAAUCACGGACAACAUCCGAGCCAGCGUCAGUCAGGGCAAGAUCGCCCUGGUCCAAACUCCACGUCGAAAGCCACGGCAAGUACGAGUGAAAUCGUCCACGAUAUUUUCAGCAGAGCAGGCCACAGUAGAUGCAAUCUUGAAAAACUUGGACGACACGGUAAUAGACGAAAUUGUUGAAUCAAAACCGCUGGUGGAGUCUGCCUCCAUGAAAACCGAGGACACACCCAUGGAAAUGGAUCCCUUACCAGAUAUAAUUGAAUAUGCGCCAGAAACGUAUGCAGAAAUUGAUCCCUUUGCUGAAUUUCGUCAGCGCUUGCCUUAUCAAACCAAUGAUCCUGAUAUUGUGGAGCAGCAGAAAAUCUUGUUAGAGUUUCUCAUUAGCAAUAACAUUUGCACUGAGGAGAAUUUUGAGAUUUUUAUCGCAAACCCGGACAACCACAAAGAAGAGGCCAAUCGGAUUGUUGACGAUUUGUACAUGGUGGUAAACAGCGAAGAAGCUGCAUAUAUGGCUCAGACAGAAGCCCUACCGGAACCAGUGCUGGAUGUUCCACCACAACAGAACCCACCAGUAACAGAGGAAGUUCAACCAAGGCUAUUUCCCAUAUUUACGCAACGCCUGCAGCCCGUUGCCCAGAAAUCAACGCGACGUCGGCCGGAUACUUCGAUGAAAUUGAUAUCGGCCGCUGGCGGAUCAAGUCAAUACCAGAUCGAUGCAGGUCAAAAGGCAUUUGGAGCUCGGCAAUGUCAGCAAUGCGGAUUGGUGUAUACCGUGCACGAACCAGAGGAGGAGCAGCUGCAUCGUGAGUAUCAUAACUCUAUUCACGUUCUGCGAUUCAAGGGUUGGAUUGACGAGGACAUUGUGUCCGUUUAUCCGGAGUGGGCCAGUGAUGGUCGCAUCUUACGGAUCACUGAACGCGCUCCGGCAGCCCGACUCGAAAGACUCCGUGAUCUCAUCGGAGUGGUGGACAAAGAGUUGGGCUACUCCUCGUACAUUGUGCCAAAGAUCUUUGUGGCCUUCAUAGCAGUUCGAAAGCAGCAGAUUGUGGGAUUCUGCCUGGUGCAGCCCCUUUCGCAAGCCCACCGAUUCAUCCAGGUCGAUGGCAUAGACUACUUUAGCGAGGAGAGCUACCCGGCCACCUGUGGCAUAUCCCGUAUAUGGGUUUCUCCCCUUCACCGUCGCUGUGGAAUUGCAAAAAAGUUGCUGCGGGUCGUCCAGUGUCACACGGUGAUCGGUCAGGAGAUCUCCAAAGACAGCAUUGCCUUCAGUACGCCCACCGACGAUGGACGGGCUUUGGCGCGCCAAUUCACCGGGUUAGAUAACUUCCUGACCUACGACCAGUGAUCGGGGAAAUCGGCUAUUGAAUAGCUGGAUUAUUUUUGAGUUAGAAAUGCUUCGGAACCUGUAAUAGUUGAUAAGCAAAUGCGAUUAUGUUACAAGCGGCACGAAGGCGCCGUAUUUAAUUUGUUUUCAAUCAUGGGUCUGAAUUUACCCUAUUAUAUGCAAUACGUUUAUUUUCACAUAUUUUGAUCGCGGUAAUUUCAAAAAUAUAGAUAAUUAUUGUUUGAUAAA